AUGCGUGUGUAUGUGCGCCUCAGCUUAUAUACCACUAUAUGUGAGUGUUCGUAUCUAUGCGUUCCUGACCGCGCGACUGUUCAUGAGCGCAAGCGCGCCCGGGCGCACGGGUGUGUCUGCAAUUUCAGUUGCUUUCUCUCCUUCCCCCUCCACUCCGGCCCUCGCAACUUUACCCACCGUCGCGACAGAAGAUUGUUAGUCUUCCCUUUAUUUCGGGAAGACCCCCAAAUCAAUAAUAAUGUAAUUUCGACAUCAUUGGAACCAGACGACAAAUUGGAUCCAGAUGACACUUUAGACAUCGAAGAUAUUUUUCUAAUCUCUCUCUCUCUCUCUCUUUUUUCUCGAUUUUGUCUCUCUGUUGUCACGCACACACAUACACACAGACAUGCAGACUCUCUCUCUCUCUCUCUCUCUCUCUCUCUCUCUCUCUGUUUAUUCCUCUCUAUUUCACACUAUUCAUGUUUCUGUCUGCCUGUCUCUCUUACUCUUUCUUUCUCUCUGUUCUCGAUUCUGUCUCUCUGCUUUCAUGCACACAUAGGCACACGCUCUGUGUGUGUGUGUUUUUAUUUCUCUCUGUUUAUUUCUCACUAUUCGUGUUUCUGUCUACCUAUCUAUCUCCUACUCUUUAUUUCUCUCUCUUCUCGAUACUGUCUCUCUGCUGUCACGCACACGCUCCCCCUCUCUCUCUCGCACACGCUUCCCCCACUCUCUCUCUCUCUCUCUCUCUCUCUCUCUCUCUCUCUGUGUUUAUUUAUCUCUAUUUCUUUCUCACUAUUCGUGUUUCUGUCUGCCUGUCUCUCUCCCUUCCUUUGUGAUUCUGCUUUCUGUGUCUCUGCAUGUCUCUCUCUCUCUCUCUCUCUCUCUAUCUCUCUCUCUCUCUCUCUCCUUAACUCUCUCUCCAACUUCCCCUCUCUCCCUAACUCUCUCUCUCCCACCCUCUCUCUCUCCCUAACUCUUUCUCUCUCCCAAUUUCUUUCUCCCACUUUCUCUAACUCUCUCUAA